AUGCAGGUAGUGCAUUUUUUUGGGGGUCUCGUUUGGUACAUUUUGUAUAUUUGUCAAGGUAAUUGGACUACCCGUUGUUUCGCGUGACAAUUUUUCGGUUAAUCACACCCAUUGUUAUCUCGAGUCGCGACAAGUUGCAAGUAUUUUAUCAGUCUUCUUUCGUUACAGUUAACGCCGACUAUAAUAUCGUGUUAACGCACGAUGGCCCUGUAGUAUUAGGUGGAACUAUCACGUUCAAAGCCGACAUCUUUAGCAAUAAUGAAAGACCAUCGGGGACAUUUAAAUACAAAUGGCGUGACAAUGCAUUAAAUCCUCACGAAUACGAGGUUAGCUUUCUCGUUCUACGAUCAACAUUUGCAACAAAUAAAUACGUCUUUUUAGAAAAACUGAAUUUGACGAUGCAGCGUCAAACGGGAGAAACAUCAAAUACAACAACGUACUGGAGUUUAAACGUUUCUCACGAGAACUAUACAAUUGGAAAAUACGAAGUUGAAGUAAUACUUUACGAGUACGAGUUCUUUUGGUGGGGACGUACCAGCGUUCGUACUGAUUUUUACGUCACUCGUAACGACUCGAGUUUUCUCUAUAAUUUUACAAUUCCCGAUACGUCGCACGUGUUAGAAGCUUUGGUGGUUGCAUCGUACGAUUUACCGACAACGACUAUCGCACCUACUACAACCGCUUUACCAAUAACAACAACUGUUCCUUCCAACGCAACCGUGCCAAAUAUUACGACGUCAAAUGUUACGACGGAACGUACGGUAACUGCUACCGUAUCCAGGGAUAACUCGAGUGUACAACCAACGUCAACAAUGACACCAGUGGCACCUCCAAACGACGCGACAAACAUUAGUAUCUCCGAUGUAAAUAAUAUUUCUUUACCUUAUAUCUGUUCCAACUCUUCGAUAAUCCCACCAGAUCCUAACAAAACAUACGGGCACUUCGUCAAAAAAAUUGACGUUCGCGCACCCAUAACGAAUAUAACGGUAGAGGGUACAAAUUGGAUUCAACCAUGGGAUAUGUUAUCUCUGAAUGUGUCGUGCAAAGGUUCAGGACCUUUUAACAAGUGCCUUUAUUUUCAUAGAGGAAAGUACAACGUUACUGGAAACGAAACAUGCGACAGCGGAGAUAAUCUUUAUUCUUGUAAUUUUUCCAUUAUCCAUUAUUUUUUGGAACCUAGCGUAUAUACGAUAUUAAUUAUAUUAAAUAACGAUGUCAGUGAACAAAUCUAUCCUUUGACAAUAAAUAUUUAUAAAGUAACGACAAAGCCACAGUUGUCAGUGAUCGUGGUACCUGUUUCUUGCUCGCUUGCUGCCGUGGUGCUCGUUAUCUUUGGCAUCGCGUAUUACAUACAAAAUAAAGCAAGAUUCACAGUGGAAGUUGCAGAUUUCGACUUUGGUCAAAAUAAUCCAGAAAUGGAGUACAAAACAUUUACAGAACGUUUAAGAGAUUCGGUUAACGAUGCUGUAAGACCAGGAAACAAACGGAUAAGUGUACGCCAGCCCUAUUACGGCAGCAUGAAUCACUAA